AUGACCGAGUACAUAAUUGGAAUCAAAGGAAAAGAUUUCGUCUUGGUCGGCGCUGAUCAGACCGCCGCACGAUCGGUCAUCGUUUAUCAGCAGGAAUACGACAAGAUCUACCCAAUCGGAAAGAAAACUGCCAUGGCUGUGUGCGGAGAAGUCGGAGACACGAACUUCUUCCAAGAGUCCAUCGCCAAGAACAUCGCGCUGUACGAAAUGCGAAAUGGAUACGAUAUGACGCCAAACGAAGCCGCUUGCUUCACUCGACACAGGCUUGCUACAUCACUUCGAUCGCGAAAAUCAUACAUGGUGAACCUCUUGGUUGCUGGAUACGACGAUAUCGAGGAUAAGCCAGAGCUUCAUUUAAUCGAUUACCUCGCGGCUGAUAUUGAGUGCCCAUACGGAGCUCACGGUUAUGGAGCCAUGUUCACCAUGUCCAUUCUUGACCGACACUACAACAAGGACAAGCCACCAACGCGGGAGGAAGCAAUCGCCCUAUUUCAAAAGUGCUGCGACGAGUUACAGCGUCGUUUCUCAAUCAACCUCCCAGUUUUCCGCCUGAAGAUCAUCUCCAAGGACGGAAUCGAAGAGCUGCCAAUUGUCAAGGCAAAGGCCUUUGCAUAG